GCUCUCUGUUCCAUCCCCUCCCUCCCAUCGUCCUCGUGCUCCCUCCCUCUCUUCUUCCCACGAUUCGUCUCCACCACUUCUUCCUUCCUUCCUCUUCUUCUUCCAUCUCAGACGCAGGCUUCCUCCCGCCGCCUUUCCUUCUCCAGCAACUCGUCUCCAGCUGGUUGUUUGAUUUCCUCUCGGCUUGGUAUAUUAAGGUUCGUUCAAGGUUCCAUUAGUUCCGGCCGACCCAGAAAGGUAAAUAUACUGUCCUUGAUCUGUCCUCGAUUCUUCAUUCGAAUUUCGUAGGUUUUUGUUAUUGGAUCAUUAGGUUUUCGUCUUAGAGGUGUGAUAUCUGUUGGAUUUGCGGUGAAUCUACCUCUGAAUUUCUGUUUCUGCCGCCAAUUUACCACUGAAUCCGUGGUGAUUGAAUUGUUCACCUUUAGCUGUUAAUAGGGCUAACUUUACCUUCCUCAACGGCUCCUCCAAGUUCAGAUUUGGUUCGAUGAUAGUGUAUAUGCGGGAUAGUUCUACAAUUGCACCUAUGGUUACCGGAUUAGCGGGAUUUCUUGCUGGUUCAUGGAUUUUUGGUUCUGACAGUUUCAAGUUCAUAACAAUCUGAUAUCUUUGCUUAUGCAGUAAACUUCCGUCUUCGAUCUCUGUAUCACUCCCGAUGGAGGGGUUUGGAUUCAGCGAUGCCAGUAGUGCUGUGAGGAAGAAGAGGAGCAGUACAUCACGUCGCCCUCGGCCGGACUCUCAGCUGCCUUCUGAUUACCACGACAUGUCUUCCUUAUCGUCCACUCCACCUUCAGAAAAUAAUGCGAUGAAAGCUGAAGAUGGAGGGUUUGUGGAGUCAGAUGAAGCUUCCAACAACGGCUCUUUAACUUCUUUUCGCGGUAGUAAUGAACAGAGGCACGGUGUGGCUGAUUCCCGGAGGUGCAGUGAAGGGGUACUUGCGCCAGUGAAUUGGAAGAAUGCUAGUGGGAACUUUGAAGCUGCUUCAGAUGGAGGAGGCGCUAAUGGUAACAAGGUUAAAAAGGUUAAGCUUAAGCUUGGGGGUGUUACUCGGACGAUCAAUGCUAAUUCUGCAUCGGAUGGUGCGUCUGCUGUUGGGCCUUCUUCCACCAAAUCUUCUCAUUUCCCAGGUUCAGAACAGAAGCCUGCAAAGGACAGUGUAGUUGAACAUAACCGUUCCAUUACUUCGGAUAGGGGGAGUGGCUCACGAGGAGUAUGGAAGGAAUUGCCUAAAAGUGGCUCAAGUGGUGGCAAAGGCGAUGCGGUCAGGGUUAAGACACCUGAUGAAAAUCGCCCCUCACCAAAGCAGACAGAUAACAGCUAUGAGCCUGUCCGUAAGAGCAAACGUGUCCCAAAGAGACGUCUAUUAGAUGGGAUGUUCGAUGAUGGGGGCGAGGAGGAUGAUGAGAUUCGAUACCUUGAGAAGGUCAGUUAUGGUAUGGAAUUUGAAGAUGAGGAUGAAGCUGGAAGCAGGAAGAAGCGGAGAUUAUCAAAGGUAAUGAAAGCGAACGUCAACGUUGUACAUGAUGCUGAUGCUCGAGGCUCAUCGAGGUCGGGCAAAGAGGCAAAGAAGUCAAAGUCAGGGAAGGUCUCUGGAGACACUGAUUAUAUGGAUGAUGACGAAUUGGCUUCAGAAGGUGAGCCAAUGACUAAGAAGAAGAGACUGAGGAAAGAGUUGGCUGACAUACCUGUUGUUGAACCAAAGAAGGAAAUUACGGUUACCACUCGUCAGAGAGCUCUUCAAACUGGCAAAGAUGCAUCUACUGAUGUGGGUGCUGGCUUGAUUGAGUUCCCUAAUGGACUGCCUCCAGCGCCUCCAAAAAAACAAAAGGAGAAGCUCACUGAAGUGGAGCAACAACUAAAGAGAGCUGAGGCGCUUCAGAGGCGUAGAAUGCAGGUGGAAAAGGCAGCUAGGGAGUCUGAGGCUGAGGCAAUCAGAAAGAUUCUGGGCCAAGAUUCGAGCAGGAAGAAGCGUGAAGAGAAAGUAAAGAAGCGGCAAGAAGAAAUAGCCCAGGAGAGAGCUGCAAAUGCCAUGGUUCUCCCAUCUGACCGAGUGAGAUGGGUAAUGGGUCCUUCUGGGACAGUAGUAACAUUCCCUGAAGAGGUCGGUCUUCCCAGCAUAUUUGAUCCCAAGCCUCAAAGUUAUCCUCCAGCAAGAGAGAAAUGUGCUGGACCAUCUUGUCCCAAUCCAUACAAGUACAGAGAUUCCAAGUCCAAGCUUCCACUUUGCAGUCUGCAAUGUUAUAAGGCAAUCCGUGCAUGAUAAGGAAUACCAUCUUCUUCCUGAUUGAUCAUAAUAAUUGACUCCGAGUGUUGAUAGCAUGAGAUCAUUAGCUGAUUUGUUGUCUAAUUUAGCAUCUCAAUUAUAGUAAAUGGUAAAUAAUGACAUUGUUAUUGUUAUCUUUCACCAAUUCUUGUAAUUUUUUCCAGCUCCUGUGGUUUUGCUCUCUUGUAUAUGUAAUAUGUAUAUGAUGGCAAGUCAAGCAAGUUUUAAGUUGCAUUAUCUACCUCUGUUGCACGACCCUAUCACUACGGUGGCCAAGACAUGGAGAAUUUUGCUGAGGUUCAUCACCAUGUUCUUUGAUCUAUCUUUCCAGUUCAUGUUAUGUUAUCUGUGGUUAACGAUAGAUAACAUGAACAUGGUUGUCGACUCAAACCUAUUAGUAUGAGAUUAAGCUUGAUGAGAGACUUACCAUCACUACCAAUCAAGAUGAAUCGGUGAG